CUUGAUGAGGAAAAGGAUGGCUGUUUGCAUGAACCAAUCAAGCAAAAGCCGAAGCCGCAUGAGGCAAAACGUGAAGGCUGGGGACACUGGACAGGCCAACCAACAGCAGGGAUCGAUCCGUGGAUCAACGGAAGGAAGAACCCACGAGUCAUGCGAAUUUGCCGCUUCAGCGGCUAUGUUAACUUCUCGGUGGAUCAUGACUUGAGUAGUAAGUAUAGCCCAAACUACAGCAGAAGAUCAGCAGCUGCAGCAAUGCAGGACGCCGCGGACGACCCCAGCGCCGCCGCCGCCUUCUACUCGGCCGCCGCCGGCCUCUACGCCAGCACGCACCCGCCCGUCCCGCUCCCCGUCGACCCGGGCCUCUCCCUCGUCCCGCACAUCUUCUCCCGCCUCCCCCUCGGCCCGCCGCCGCAUUCCCGUCCGUGCCUCCUCGACGCCGCCACCGCCGCCUCCCUCUCCCGCGCCGACCUCCGCCGCCUCGUCGCCUCCCUCGCGCGCGGCCUCCGCCGGGCCCACGGCGUCCGCGCCGGCGCCGUCGUGCUCCUCGUCCUCCCCAACUCCGUCGCCUUCCCCGUCGCCUUCCUCGCCGUCCUCGCCGCCGGCGGCGUCGCCACCACCAUGAACCCCUCCAGCUCCGGCGCCGAGAUCGCCGGCCGCCUGCGGGACACCGCCCCGUCCCUCGUGCUCGCGUCGCCCGACAACGCCGCCAAGGUCCCGCCCUCCGCCGCCGCCCCGGUCGUCCUCGUGCCGGAGACGUUCCAUCCCUCGCCCUCGACGGGCAACGAGUUCGCGCCCUUCCGCGCGCUGCUCGAUUCCGACGCCGACGACGGCCUCCCGUCGGCGGAGGUCGGCCAGGACGAUGCCGCCGCCGUCCUCUACUCCUCGGGGACCAGCGGCCGGAGCAAGGGCGUCGUGCUCACGCACCGCAACCUCAUAACCAUGGUCGAGCUCUUCGUGUGCUUCGAGGCGUCGCAGUACGCGCGACCUGCUUGUGACAAUGUCUACCUGGCCGUGCUGCCCAUGUUCCACGUCUACGGCCUCUCCCUCUUCGCCGCGGGCCUCCUCUCGCUCGGCUCCACCGUGGUGGUCAUGAGGAGGUUCGACGUCGGCGACGCCGUCAGGGCGAUCCACAAGUACAAGGUCACGCACUUGCCGCUCGUGCCGCCCAUCAUGGCGGCGCUGCUCAGGGCCAGGGCCACAGGCGCCUCGUCAUUGGAAUCCCUGGUGCAGGUCUCCAGCGGCGCAGCUCCACUCAGCGGCAAACUCGUUCAAGACUUUCUCAAGGCUUUCCCACACGUCGAUUUCAUUCAGGGCUAUGGCAUGACUGAAUCUACUGCUGUGGGAACUCGUGGCUUCAAUACCUCCAAGCACAAGAAAUAUGCAUCUGUAGGUCUUUUAGCCCCAAACAUGCAUGCCAAAAUUGUUGAUCUGGAAACUGGCUUAUGUUUACCUCCUGGCUCUUGUGGGGAGUUAUGGCUCCAUGGGCCAGCUAUAAUGAAAGGUUACCUGAAUGAUGAGGACACAUGCAUGAGAAACGAUGGCUGGUUUCAGACUGGUGACCUUGCUUACUUUGAUUCAGAUGGGUACUUGUACAUAGUGGGCCGUUUGAAAGACACUAUCAAGUACAAAGGAUUUCAGAUAGCUCCAGCUGACCUUGAAGCAGUUUUGGUGCAGCACCCUGAAAUUGUUGAUGUUGCUGUGACAUCCGUUGAAGAUGAAGAAGCUGGAGAGAUACCAGUAGCUUUCGUGGUGAGGAGAUCUGGAAGCCAUCUCACCUGUGUGCAAGUGAUGGAGUAUGUGGCCAAGCAGGUGUCCCCGUACAAGAAAGUUCGCAAGGUGAUAUUCGUUGAGGCAAUACCCAAGUCAGCGGCUGGCAAGGUUCUGAGAAGGCUUCUCAAGGACUCUCUGCGCCUUGAUGCCGCUGCUUCCCGUUCUGAUCACACCAAACCCAGUUCAAGGCUGUAAACGGAGUCGAGCAGCUUCCAUCAAAAUGGAUGAAAUACAUGUGUUGGCUACCGUAUGUUUUUUUGGUGUGUGUGUGUGUGUGAUAUGUUGGUUCACCAGGGAUUGGGAUUGUUUGUAAUUCCAUACUAGUGGUACCAUUCCAUACUCCCAUAGUCCCAUAGGAUGUGCGUGUGAGUCUAUCAGUGAAAUACAUGUCUGUGUGCUACUGCUACUAUAGUCUAUAGAUAGAUUUGUUGAAAGUUGAAACGGCAGAAAAGACUAAUGAUUGAUUCUCGUGA